UCGUCAGUCUGUAGGUAACAAGCACUUUCGACGGUCGUAACGUUCGCAACGAUCGUCAAUUUGCUUUAUUCUUAUUAUUAUAUUACAGCUUUGGCAACUUAUACACAUACUUUGCGCAGUGUUUUAAAAAUCGUAAAGCUUUCGUACAUAAAAAUAAAAAUGGGUAUGGCCACAAAUCAUUUACCUCAGAUUCGCGAGGAAUGCGAAAUCUUUCACCUAUCGGACAAAACACUCCGGGAGAUAAUGCGCAGACUUCACAAUGAACUACUUAGAGGACUCGGCAAAGAUACACACGCGAAUGCUAUUGUAAAAUGCUGGAUUACUUACAUACAGGAUUUACCCAAUGGAAAAGAACGCGGGAAGUUUUUGGCUUUAGAUUUAGGAGGAACCAACUUUAGAGUGUUAAUAAUUAAUCUAGGCGAAAAUCACUUCGACAUGCAGUCGAAAAUAUAUGCUAUUCCUAACCAUAUCAUGACCGGUACUGGCAUUGCUCUCUUCGAUCAUAUUGCAGAGUGCUUAGCUAAUUUUAUGAAGGAACAUAAUGUAUAUGAAGAACGUUUAGCCCUUGGCUUCACUUUCAGUUUCCCACUUAAACAGCUGGGCUUAACCAAAGGGAUCUUACAACGUUGGACCAAGGGCUUUUCUUGUUCCGGGGUAGUUGGCGAAGACGUUGUUCAAGGGCUCAAAGACGCUAUUGCUAGGAGAGGGGACGUACAGAUAGAUAUAUGCGCUAUACUGAAUGACACGACGGGUACAUUGAUGUCUUGCGCGUGGAAAAACCACAACUGCAAAAUAGGCCUCAUCGUUGGUACGGGAAGUAACGCGUGUUACGUGGAAAAAACGGAAAAUUGUGAGUUAUUCGACGGGGAACCAGGAAAACCAGAUUUACUCAUAAACACGGAAUGGGGUGCGUUUGGAGACGACGGAGCUUUAGACUUCAUUAAGACUGAGUUCGAUCGAGAUAUCGACAAUAACUCGAUAAAUCCCGGAAAACAGAUCCAAGAGAAGAUGAUAUCGGGAAUGUACAUGGGCGAACUUGUUCGUCUAGCGUUAGUGAAGUUCACAAAAAUGGGCUUGCUGUUCGGAGGACGCGGCUCAGAUCUACUGUUCCAAAGAGGAAGCUUUUAUACCAAAUACGUGUCUGAAAUAGAAUCGGACAAACCCGGAGACUACGCUAGCUGUAUGGACGUCCUGGAAGAAUUAGGGCUGUCGCACGCGACGGAGGCGGACAUGGCGGGCGUGCGGCACGUGUGCGAGCGCGUGUCGCGGCGCGCCGCGCACCUGGUGUCGGCCGGCAUCGCUACGCUGCUCAACAAGAUGGCGGAGCCGCACGUCACCGUCGGCAUCGACGGCUCCGUCUACCGCUUCCACCCGCACUUCCACGCGCUCAUGUGCGAGAAGAUCGCCGCGCUCGUCGAGCCCGGCCUGCAGUUCGACUUGAUGCUGUCGGAGGACGGCAGCGGGCGCGGCGCGGCGCUGGUGGCCGCUGUGGCGUGUCGCCAGGCGGCCGCGUAGGCGGCGCGGCCACGCUUUUAUACUUUUAUACAUCGGCGGUGGCGCCGGCAAGCACGGGCAACCACGGGCAACCACUGGCAACCACAGGCUACCGAAGGUGACAGGCGACCGCUAGCCCCCGCCCCCGUGGAGCCUCGCACGCGUGUGUCAAGUGUAUUCCUCGUUGUUAUGAUUUUGAUUUAGUUUUUAUUGCGUGUUUGCACCGUACUGGGCAAAAAAUGGAAGCGAAUGAAGCUAUUGCCUGAGGCCCGAUUGCCCGGGAUCGAGUUAGUGGCCCGUAAUAUGCGCCUUAGGUUGCGUAUCGAAGUCUUUUGAGUAGCAAAUUAGCCAUAGAUAUUUUAAAAAAAACCCGGCGAGUCUUAUCUCAAUAAGAGGGGUUCCGUAUCACUACCACACUUGUGUGUAAUUUUAACAUGAAAAUCGGCGAAUUGUGCGUUUAUUUUUAACUUAAUUUCAUUAUAACGGCCAUAGUAAUUACAACUGUAAAAAAUCAGAAUCCGCCCGUUACGAUUCAAAAAUAAAAUAAUAACUUGGAUUCUUAAGUACGGAACCCGUUUGGACGAUCUGUCGGGAUCAGGGAUCAGCUCUGUAUAUAAUAGGUUAGAUUUAUUGAGUUGUUUACUCGCAUAUGAGUAGAUAGAUUAAAAGUAUGGAAUUUCGUUAUAAAAAUUCGGUCUUUGUUUGUAAAGAAAUGCCGAAAUUGUCUUUGACCGUUUUUCAUCGCCUAAAUCCACUUAUUUUUUAGUUUAUUUAAGGCUAGAGACACUAAGAUUUAAAAAUUAAAAUAUUAGUAAAUGUGUA